CCGGGUCAGGAUGGAAAGGCUUACACAUUCAGGGGAGGAAACAUGUCAUGAGAGGUGAUGACACAGCUAACGUAUCCACAUCCCUCGCCGCCCGCCGCUGCUGCUGCUUUCGCCCCUGCCGCCGCCGCCGCCGCUCCUGCAUCCCACAGAGAAGAGAGAGAGAGAUAGGAGCCGCUCUCUCCCUCACCUCCCCUUUAUAUCUGCCACUUCUUUUCUUUUUUUUUUUUUUCACUUUGUUUGUGGACGAUGGGAUUUUAAUCAUGUGGAAGACAGCUGAGCGGCUCUCCUGGAUUUCGCUGACACUGCGCCCGGUCCCGCCUGGCCUCCUCUGAGCAGGAUGGACACUCUGGAGUCAGAGCUGACCUGCCCAAUCUGCCUGGAGCUCUUUGAAGACCCGCUGCUGCUCCCCUGCGCCCACAGCCUCUGCUUCGGCUGCGCCCACCGCAUCCUGGUCUCGCACUGCACCACCAACGAAUCCGUCCAGAGCAUCGGCGCCUUCCAGUGCCCCACCUGUAGAUAUGUCAUUUCCCUGAGUCCGGAGCGCGGACUCGAGGGACUGAAGAGAAACGUGACCUUGCAGAACAUUAUCGACCGCGUCCAGCGGGCCUCGUCUUCGGCCGGGCUGCCGCUGCCGCUGCCCGCCCCUCACAGCGGGCCCAACUCCCCCGGGGAAGAAGGGAGCAACCGCCUGGCGCUGGUCCCCGUCAGCGCCGCCAUGUCCAGCCCGGGCACGCCCCCGGAGCCGGUGCAGUGCCAGUUCUGCGAGCAGGACCCGCCGCAGGACGCCGUGAAGACCUGCGUGACGUGCGAGGUGUCGUACUGCGAGGAGUGCCUCCGGGCCACGCACCCCAACAAGAAGCCGUUCACGGGCCACCGGCUCAUCGAGCCCAUGCCCGACUCCCACCUCCGGGGUCUCCAGUGCCUGGAGCACGAGGAGGAGAAGGUGAACAUGUACUGUGUGACGGACGACCAGCUCAUCUGCUCGCUGUGCAAGCUGGUCGGGAGGCACAGGGACCACCAGGUGGCAGCACUGAGCGACCGCUACGAAAAACUCAGGCAAGCCCUGGACUCCAACCUCAGCAAUUUGAUCAAGAGGAACAAUGAGCUGGAGUCUCUUAUGGGCAAACUCAUCCAGACGUGUCAACAUGUAGAGGUGAACGCGUCCCGCCAGGAGGGCAAGCUCAUGGAGGAGUGCGAUGUCCUGAUUGAAAUCAUCCAGCAGAGGAGGCAGCUCAUCGGGAGCAAGAUCAAAGAGGGGAAGGCUCAGAGGCUCCGCAAGCUCGCCCAGCAGAUCUCCAACUGCAAGCAGUGCAUCGAGAGGUCGUCGGCGCUCAUCACGCAGGCCGAUCAGACGCUGAAGGAAACCGACCAUGCUCGCUUCCUGCAGACCGCCAAGAGCAUCAACGAGAGGGUUUCCAUGGCCACCGCUUCGACCCAGGUGCUGAUCCCCGAGAUACACCUGACCGACACCUUCGACACCUUCGCGCUGGACUUCACCAGGGAGAAGAAGCUGCUGGAGAAUCUGGAUUACCUCACCGCGCCGACCGCUCCGUGCAUAAGGGAGGAGCUGUGCACGGCCUCCUACGACACCAUCACCGUCCACUGGACGUCCGACGACGAGUUCACGGUGGUCUCCUACGAGCUGCAGUACGCCAUCUUCACCGGACAGUCCAACAUCGCCAGUCUGUGCAACUCGUUGGAAAGCUGGAUGAUUGUUCCCAACAUCAAGCAGAACCACUACACGGUGCACGGUCUGCAGAGCGGCACCAAGUACAUCUUCGUUGUCAAGGCCAUUAACCAGGCGGGAAGCAGGAGCAGCGAGCCGGGAACUCUGAAGACCAACAGCCAGCCCUUCAAACUGGACCCCAAGUCGGCUCACAAGAAGCUGAAGGUGUCGCACGACAACCUGACGGUGGAGCGGGACGAGACCACGUCCAAGAAAGGCCACAGCCAGGAGCGGUUCGCCAGCCAGAACAGCUACGGCGUGGUGGGGAACGUCUACAUCGACAGCGGGCGCCACUACUGGGAGGCUCUGAUUGGAGGGAGCACAUGGUACGCCGUGGGCAUCGCCUACAAAUCCGCCCCGAAGCACGAGUGGAUCGGCAAGAACUCGGCCUCCUGGGUGCUGUGCCGCUGCAACAACUCCUGGGUGGUGCGCCACAACAGCAAGGAGCUGGCCAUCGAGCCCUCGCCCCACCUGCGGCGCGUGGGCGUGCUGCUGGACUACGACGCCGGCUACCUGACCUUCUACGACGCGGUGGGCUCGCAGCACCUGCACACCUUCCACGUGUCCUUCGCGCAGCCCGUGUGCCCCGUGUUCAACGUGUGGAACAAGUGUCUGACCAUCCUCACCGGCCUCCCCAUCCCCGACCACCUCGAGGGGGUGGAGCCAAACUAGCCGCCGAAGCCGCGCCCCCCCCCCCCCCCCCCCCCCCCCAGCGAAUCGGCAUAAACUCAUUAUCUCCAAGCUGCGCUGGGCGAGAGAUUUGAAAAAAAAACAAAAAAAAACAAAAACGCUCAUCCCUGGAAUAGAGAACAGAACAGUGAUCCAUCCUCCUUAAUUCCUACCGAUCCGCUCUAUUUACCCAAAUUAAAUUCUGCUGGCGUGCACCCUCGCACCCACAGGCAGUGACAAAACGGCAAAAACAUAAACAGUCUCCACUUUCGCAGCGGCGAGCGAGCGAGCGAGCGAGCGCUCCCUCCAGAAGAAGGUCCGCGAUGCAUUCCCUCCUUAGACGUUCUAGAUUGGGAUAAAUAAGCCACGAGGAAGUCCCGCUGACUGGAAAUCAGCUCUGCCCGCGGAAAGUCACCCAUGCGCGGGAAAAGCCCCGCGGUGCUGUUUUUUGUCAAGCCUUUCAGAGCUCAUUUUCAGUUUAUUAAGAUUUCUUAAAAGCAAAACAGGAACGCUGGUGAAAGUUGCAGUGGACUGAGAAGAGGAUCAGAGGAUUGUGGGUAGGCGGAGGACGGCGCUGGACAGUAAAAAUCCUCUUCAGGUGCACUUUUGGGUCACGAUGAGAGAAAAGGAAGCAAGCCACACCUCAAUGCUUUUUUUUUUUUUCCUUCUAAUCAUGUCUUCAUCAUCUUGUGAGACAUAGCACUUUGAAACCCCCCCCCCACACACACACACACACAUAUACACACACUACAAGAGCUGAUGUAUAUUUUGUAAAUUCAUCACUCCCCCACGUUUUUACUCUCAGCCAUCCAUUAAAAAAAAAAAGGAACCAAAGUAGCCCUCGCUGUCUGUUCAGAUGAAUUCAACUCUACGUUAAUGAAUGAGGAAUUAUUUUUGAAGAGAGAGAGGAAAUAGCAGUAUUAUGCCGAUAUUAAAUUCCCUAGAUGUUGUUUCUUUUGCACAUUGUUCAUACUUUUUUGGUAGGCUAUCGCGGUGCAAUGAGUUCAUCGACGUUUGGAAAGGUGUUGUGUCCUCUUCGGCCUCUUUGUGUUGUUGUUUUCCUUCCAUUCCAACAUGUCUUAAUGUGAAGUGCACGGCUGUGUUGCAGGCUGUUUAUUCAGGAGACUGCAGGUUCAAAGAAAUGCACAUUUGGGUGAGAGUUUUUACUGCCGGAAUGAGUAAGCAUAGCUCGUUACUAAUAGCACUCGUGGUCUUUUUACGUUUAUUUCAAACUCGGGAAAACUGACUUCAUCGGGACGACAUGCCCACGCACACAAGGGCUAUCCUCAUACCCGUCGCACGGAGCGACAACCAUCGCGAUCGGCGCAGCCUUUACUUUGAUUUCGCUCGUUUGUUUCUUUGCAUCUAAGUGGUAAAACAACCGAAACGAGACUGAGCCACUAACGUGAGAAAGUAAUAACACCUCCCCAAAAGGACACAGUCGAAUCCGUUUUCCUCCGAUUUUAAUUAGCUCCGCUUGUAAUAAUGUUUUACAGUGACAAUAAACUGGAGUGGCUGCAUUUCUCAUUGGGAUUUAAUUGAAGGCAAACAAUCUGUCGUUCGUUCCCGCGUUUCAAUGCAUUGAACCGUGUGUUUCACUGUAUCCGAUGCAAAUAUAUAGUGCUUAAUUUAAUGUUUUCAUCACGGCCAUGUUGUCAUAUGUUCCGUCUUUGUGGGCAUUUUUAUGGAUUUCAAAAAAAAUAAUAAUUACAACAGGAUACAAGUGCUUGCACCACCGUGGUCUGAGAUAACAACU